AUGAGCGAUACAAACUACUGGGUCGUGGACUAUGAUCUUUCCUCUCCUGCUCCACCCGGGUUCCCCAGGGGCCCGACGGUGCUCCAGCCCACGGCGGGGCACCCCGAGCAGGGAACGGCCCUGUGUUUCGUGGGCCUCCUCGUGCUGCUGCUCCUCUUUCUCCUCGUUCGCUGUGUCCGCAUCUUGUUAGACCCCUACAGCAGCAUGCCGGCUUCAUCAUGGACGGACCAUAAGGAGGGACUGGACAGAGGACAGUUUGAUUAUGCACUGGUGUAAAGACGAGGGUUGAAUUCGGUGAUGUGGAAAGGUUCUUAUUUGAGGGACUUUUGAUUGAUGAUGAUGUCAUUGCCCCUCUGAAAGCUUUUUGCCUCUGAUAAUGAAAGAAACUGCAGUAUGUUUGUUGUUUGGUCUGGGUAAUGAGUAAUGCAAGUUGUCCUCUUCGAGAUACGAUAUCAAAAACAUUGAACAGUAACUGUAUAUGGAUGAAAGACACA